CAGACUUAGAGAGAAAAAACUAAUCCUUAAAUCUCAGUUCUGUCUGUCACUACUGCAAGUCUGCAAUACGCAUCCAUAGGCCAUAACAGAUAACACUCCAAACACCAGCAUUCUUAGAAGUGAAGCAAAGUAUACGGAAGCAAUCAUCAUUCACUUCCACAUUUUCUCUAACCAACUCUGUCUGGUACAUGCCCAAAUUUUGUUCAGAAGUAUUAAAGCUCUUCCUUAAAUGGCCUCUCGGAAGCCCCACACAUAUAAUUAAGUUCACGGCCAAAUUGCUAAGUUCCAAGGAAAGUCCUUAGUAUUCUGUGUGUGUCUCUAUAUACACAUAUAUAUAUACGAAUAAAUAUUGGAAUGGAAACUGUCAAGCCUGAGUUCGAAAUAUGUUCAUCAAUCAAGAAGCUUUCGACAUGGAAGUGUGCAAGCACUAGUGAGCAAAGAGUUAACAAUGGUUCCAUGCCGGAGCGCCAAAGGACCAAAAAGGAAAGAGAAUCGUAUCAGUACAAUUUGGAGGCCGGGUCAAGUGGGAAAAAACUAUUGCAUGAUUCAAGGACUUGGGGUGCUGAAAAGGCAGUGAAGAAACCGCUGCUUCUUGGUUGUUCAACAAGUAAAGCUGUAGUGUGCAACAGUGAAGUUGAAGAACUAAAUGAGCGGUUGAGGAUUCUUGAAGAAGAAACUGAAACUAUGAAGCAAGAGUUAUUUGAGAGUGCACAAGAGAGAAAGAAGUUGAUGAAUGAGAUAUAUCAGCAGUUUCAGAUGCUAGAAAUUGACCCCAGAUAUCUGGUAGCAAGAGAAUUCAAGUCUACUGAUGGAAAUACAAGUGUCAACUCUUCACAGGAUGAGAGAAUGGGAACUAGUUUGUCAGAUAUCUUGCACCAAGAUCCACAUCCAUCUCUUGUCACCAGAAAUCUUAGAGCUAAUGCUUUGGCACUGCUGAUGUAAGCAUAUACCAUUUAGAUAGAUGAAUCCAUCUCCAUCAAAAUGUAAUCUCAGAUAGUAUAUGUAGCCAACCAUGUUCUGUUCUUUUCUUUGCCCAGAAUAUCACUGGGAUAUCAUACUACUUGAUAUUCA